AUGUCGGCGUUGAAUUCAAAUCCAUUUGGCGAUCCAUUUGCGGAUCCAAGUGUUGUUCAAGCGGCCGUGCAGCCUACAGGUGGUGAUCCGAGUGAGGACUUCAAUCCAUUUGCACAAAACUCCAAGCCUGCGGCCGCUCAAUCAACACCUACUACUCAGACAACUAACACUCAGGCUUGGGAUCGCCAAAAUAGAUUGCAUCGGAUUCUAGCCGACCCAGUUUUUCGUUCGUUUACCGUCAUUGAUGCGCAUAAUAAAAUGAAUGAAUUGAAUGUUUGUGUGUGUGCUCCGGUCCAUCCAUCAAUGCAUCGUACUUUCGGCUAUAACUUAAGGUACUUGCAGCCGACGUCAACCACUGCGCAGUCAAAUGCAAUGAGCAGUGAUGAACUGUUUCGACGUCAAGAAGAACUCGAAAGGAAAGCACAAGAAUUGAGGAGGCGAGAACAGGAAUUGGAGCGUCAACAGAGAAUAGGCAGCGCCGGAGUUGGCACAAACCGACCUCAUAAUUGGCCUCCCAUUCCAUCAUUUCUUCCUAUCCAGCCAUGCUUCUAUCAGGAUAUCGAAGUGGAGAUUCCAGUUCAGUUUCAGCGUACAGUGACGUUGGUCUAUUACGUCUUUUUGACGUACGUGCUAGCACUGACAGUCAAUGUGAUCGCUUCACUGUUUUUCAUGCUCUUCGGACAGGGCGGAGUGGCUAUCUUUCUGCUUGCCAUCAUUCAACUUCUACUUUUCUCCCCAUGUUCAUUCCUAUUUUGGUUUCGUCCUGUUUAUAAAGCUUUCAGGAACGACAGCUCGUUCAAUUUCAUGGUCUUCUUCUUUGUGCUCUUUUUUCACUCCAUAUUCACGCUCAUACAGGCACUUGGCUUAUCACAGUACGCAUGCGGAUGGGCUAAUUCAAUUGAAACUUUCCAUGUGAGUGUUAUAGUGGCAUUAUUAAUGCUUCUAUCUGCAUUAGCAUUCACAGCUGCAUUUGGUGGCAUGGUAUUCGCCCUAAUCAAAGUGCAUCGGCUCUAUCGCGGUGCUGGAUUCAGUAUCGAUAAAGCUCGCAAAGAGUUCUCUGACGGCGUUAUGGCAGAUCGAAACGUGCAGCAGGUUCUUUUUAUUAUUCUUCGCAUCAUUACUCAUUCCAAACAAAACUUCCAUCCGCCGGUGUAA